UGAUCCUGGCUGGGAAGGGCGCUAACUGACCCUGACACUAUCUGACGUCACUAGUGGCAGAAAUACAGAGAUCAGUAAAAAAUACUAUACACUGACACUGUACUAAUGGCACUGGCAGGGUGACAUGGAGUGAACAAAGGGGUAAAUAUGGCAAUCAAGGGAUUAAAACGUGCUAUCUCAGGUGUCACUGACACUGUACUAAUGGCACUGGGCAGGAAAGGGUUAACAUGUGGGGCGAUCAAAGGGUUAAUUGUGUGCUGUUUUACAGUGUGCUGUGUUUUGUGUGUGCUUCACUGU